AUGCGUUUCGCGACUCUGGCCGGCCUGGUCACAACCGCCACACUCGCCACUGCUCAGGCACCAAGCAUCAACGACUACAGCGCCGCCGAUAUUGCCAGCGGUGCAGCUUUCCAAGACAUCUCCGACAUUGCCGAUGCAUCUAUUAGAUCCAACAUUGGCUCGCGGGUCAACGCACAGUGCACGUACGAGAACGCCGAUGUCCGUAGGGAGUGGCGAACACUAUCACAAGCAACACGCAAGAGCUUCACGGAUGCUGUUGUAUGCCUUCAGAACAUGGAGCCACAGAUCAUGACCGCCGCUCAAGCUGCCGACUACCCUGGCGUCAAGUCUCGCUGGGAUGAAUAUGUCGCCACUCACAUCAACUACACUAUGAAUAUCCACGACACAGCCGAUUUCUUCGCAUGGCACAGGGCUUUUGUCCAUUAUCUCGAGGAAGAUCUCCAGACCCUCUGUGGAUACACUGGCAUCAUGCCAUACUGGAAUUGGGCCGAGGACUCCGCUGCGCCGCAAGACAGCCCUCUAUUCACGGGCGAUGCUUACAGCAUGGGUAGCAAUGGCGAAUUUGUUGCAGGCCGCACCGACACCUGGGUUGCACAACAGGACGUGACAUUUCCUCCAGGUCUCGGCGGAGGCUGUAUUGAGAGCGGUCCCUUCAGCGACAUGGUUGUGAACCUCGGACCACUGGAUCUGCCAAACGCAGAUAAUGUCGCCUCAUCCUUCCAAUACAACCCCCGUUGUCUCGAGCGUGACAUCAACCCGUGGUUCUCCAACAACUACAAUACUUGGAAGAACGUCACUGAAGUUAUCCUCGAGAACAUAUACCUCGAGGAUUUCCAAUGGCGCCUGCAAGGCUACAACAGUGACACUGACAAGUUUGGUGUUCAUGGUGGUGGCCACUGGCAGAUUGGUGGUUCCAUGAUGGACUUCCACUCUUCGCCUGCGGAUCCACUGUUCUACCUCCACCACGGAAUGGUCGACAGAGUAUGGACCAUUUGGCAGAACCUGGACAUCUACCGUCGCCAGGAUAUCAUCCAAGGUACCGCCAAUCUUGGCUGCAGCGUGCCAGAUUGCCCGGCAAUGCAACUCUCUGAUGAGCUUCCUUUCGGCUUCGUGCGCUCCGCCAACCCAGUGUUCAGAACAAUGAUGGACACCUUCGCUGGCCCUCUAUGUUACCGAUACGAGUAA